AUGUAUGUGUGUGUGUGAGAGAGAGAGGGAGGGACAGAGAGAGUGUGUGUGAGCGAGAGAGAGAGAGAGAGAGAGAGAGAGAGAGAGAGAUCACAACAAGCAAGUCGGUCGGCAGAAGGACGGAUAUAAAGUGUCAUUCUGCAUUUCUUCUGUUUUUCUUAUCCAACACAGAAGGACUGAAAGCAAAACAAAGUGGAGGUGGAGAUUUGUGGCUGAAGAUGAAUCCCGUUAGAGCAAAAGUGUGAACUAAAGAAAACUUACCUGCCCCGAGGGGAGAGAGAGAGAGAGAGAGAGAACAGGAGGAUUAACGCAGCUGUAGAGGUUUCCUGACACGGAGUGGGAUGUGAGCGGACCGGUGAAGGGCCGAGCGUAAAGGAGCAUGGUGAAACACCAACCCUUACAGGUCUACGAGAGACAGCUGUGUUUGUCCUGCCUGACCGGGAUCUACGGGUGCCGCUGGAAACGCUACCAGCGCUCCCAUGAUGACAGCUCCAAGUGGGAGUGCUCCUGGUUCCUCAUCCUGUGCUCCUCGUUUCUCCUCCUCCUCGUCUGGACCUACUUUUGGUGGGAGGCUCAGAACGACUACAACGAGUUUAACUGGUUGUUAUAUAACCGAUCAGGGGAGUGGAGCGAUGGCACCGUCCCUAUUCUCGCCACCACACUCGUGGGAUUCUCUUACACUGCAUUUUUAAUGAUAUUAGGCCUUUGUCAUAUCGCACUGGGGCAGCAGCUCAACCUCUACUGGAUUCAUAAGAUUGGAGUGCUGUCCAUCCUUCUUAUCACCAUCACAGGCGUGGUGUCCAUCGAUGACAUAUGGAGGGACGAAUGGGACGUCGUCCUCAUGUCGCUGCAGUCGACUGGACCCUUCCUGCACGUCGGGGCCGUGGCUGCCAUGACGGCGUUGGGAUGGAUCGUCGCCGGUCAGGUGGUGCGCGGAGAAAGAACGAGGUUUCAGAUGCUGUUUCUCCUGCUGUAUGUGUGUGUCCUCCUGGCUCUCUAUCUGACUCCCCUCACCAUCUCCUCCCCCUGCAUCAUGAACCGAUCGAACCUGAAGCCUCGGCCCACCGUCGUUGGCCGCCGAGGAGCUCCGAUGCUCGCUCCGGAGAACACCAUCAUGUCCUUCAACAAAGCCUUGCAGCAGAGAGUCAGCGGCUUCGAGGCUGACGUCACCAUCAGUGCAGACGGCGUCGCCUUCCUGAUGCGUGACCGAACGCUGCGCCGCACCACAGACGUGGCUCGAGUCUUUCCUCAGCGGCAACACGACGACGCCUCACUCUUCACCUGGUCUGAGAUACGCUCUCUAAACGCUGGCCUGUGGUUUCUCAGGGAUGACCCCUACUGGACGACCCAGUCAAUGUCUAUGAAGGAGCGCGGCCGAGCGGCCAAUCAGACGGUAUCUAGUCUGGUGGAACUGCUGCGUCUGGCGGCGAAGACAAACCGCUCGGUGAUGUUCAGCCUGCGCAGACCUCCACCUCAACACCCACGACACGAGCUCUGGAUCAGCGAUGCCCUAAAGGCUGUGCAGCGCUCUGGCAUCCAGUCUGAACAGGUGAUGUGGAUGACAGACUGGUACAGAAAGAAGGUGCGAUCCGCUGUGCCAAUGCUGGAGCAGAUGGUGGAGGAGAAAGUUUCAGCAGAGGAGAAUAAAGAAAGGGGAAUCCGUACAGUGAGCAUACACUACAGCCAAGUAACACCAGCAGAAAUCAGACGCCUGAGAGACCGCAACGUGAGCGUCAACGUGUCCCCAGUGAACGAGCCGUGGCUUUACUCGGUCUUGUGGUGCAGCGGCGUUCAGUCCGUCUCAUCUGACGCUCCUCACAUCCUCCGCCAAGUGCCUCAGCCCAUCUGGUUAAUGAGUCCAGACGAAUACUGCUUGAUAUGGAUCAUGGCUGAUUUAAUAUCUGCAGCAAUCGUCAUAGGAAUAUUUAUAUUUCAGAAGUGGAGGAUGAGCGGGAUGCGUAGCUACAACCCGGAGCAGAUCAUGCUGAGCGCCGUGGUGCGCAGACCCAGCCGGGACGUCAACAUCAUGAAGGAAAAACUCAUCUUUUCAGAAAUUAACAACGGCGUCAGCAGCACAGACGAGCUGCCUCUCUACACCGAGCACGGAUAUGAAGGAUAUGCCCGCAACACCAUUUCCCGCUGAGCCGGAUGUUGUUCGGAUGUCCUCAGUCCUCGUUACACUUCACAUAAACAUUGUUGCAUGGACUCCGGGAAAGACUGUGUCUUUCUUUCGGACCGAACUACUGCUCUGCCACUGCCGACGAAGGGUUUCUCUGAUUUCUGGUCCUCGUGCAAGUGGAGCUCUGAAUUGUGAUUGGAUUUGUAUUUUCUUAUUUAUAUAAAGGACUUUCACUCGGAUGCCUUACGCUCUGUAUUAAAGUGUAAGAUAUAAGAUGAAAUGUUGCUGCAGCGCUAGUGUCAAUACUUUCAUUUUAUGGAGUGUAAAAUUUACUGAACAAAUUUCCAUAAUGCAAGUGGCUUCUUCUGCUUAUUGUUAUUAUUAUUAUUAUUAUUAUUAUUAUUAUUGUUCUACAAAUCAGGCGAUCAUCUGUAACGUUUGGAGGAUUGAGGAUUAUUUGUAUUCAGAAAUAGAUCUGUACUGUGAGUAGUUAAUUAUUUUUUAUUUUUUUAUAUUAUUUUAUCCUCAGUGUAGUAUUUUGUGCCGUCUACGCUGCAGUGGUUGAAGUACUGUGGUUCUCAGAGUUUGGAUUGAAAUGAUUCCUCUGUGACGUGCAAAUCUGAAUGUAUUACAUUUGUAGAAAGUGAAUAAAAAAGAAGACGACAAGC